AUGAAAGUGCUAGAAUCUUUGGCAAGUUUAAAAGUUGAAACAACGUCAACAUCACCUAUGGUAUCUGUGACAUCAACAUCUCCAUCAUCAGCUACGGCAACAACAACUCCUGCAACAACUACGACAGCAUCAUCUACUGCAUCAACUACAACAACUACUGCACCAGCUUCAACAUCAACUCCUACACCGACUACGACAACAACAACUACUACACCAACUACAACAACUACUGCACCAACUUCAACAUCAACUCCUACACCGACUACGACAACAACAACUCCUGCAACAACUACGACAUCAUCAACUACUGAAUCAACUACAACAACUAUUGCACCAGCUUCAACAUCAACUCCUACACCGACUACGACAACAACAACUACUACACCAAUUACAACAACUACUGCACCAGCUUCAACAUCAACUCCUACACCGACUACGACAACAACAACUACUACACCAAUUACAACAACUACUGCACCAACUUCAACAUCAACUCCUACACCGACUACGACAACAACAACUACUGCACCAACAACGACAACAACAACAACUGCACCAGCUGCGACAACAACAACCACUGAACCAACAUCGACUCCUACACCGACUACGACAAGGACAACUACUGCACCAACUACGACAACACCAACUCCUGCACCAACUACGACAACAACUACUGCACCAACUACAACAACAACUACUGCACCAACUUCAACAACAGCUACUGCACCAACUACGACAACAACAACUACUGCACCAACUACGACAACAAUAACUCCUGCACCAACUACAACAACAACUCCUGCACCAACUUCAACAACAACUACUGCAUCAACUACGACAACAACAACUCCUGCACCAACUACGACAACAACAACUCCUGCAUCAACUACAACAACAACUACUGAACUAACUAUGACAACAACAACUCCUGCACCAACUACGACAACAACAACUACUGCACCAACUACGACAACACCAACUCCUGCGCCAACUACGACAACAACAACUCCUGCACCAACUACGACAACAACAACUACUGCACCAACUACGACAACAACAACUCCUGCACCAACUACAACAACAACUACUGAACUAACUAUGACAACAACAACUCCUGCACCAACUACGACAACAACAACUACUGCACCAACUACGACAACAACAACUCCUGCACCAACUACAACAACAACUACUGAACUAACUACGACAACAAUAACUGCCUCACCAACUACGACAACAACAACUUCAGCACCGACCACAACAACAACCUCUGCGCAAACAACAACAACAACAACUACUGCACCAACUACGACAACAACAACUACUGCACCAACUACGACAACAACAACUUCUGCACCAACUACAACAACAACUUCUACAACAACUACGACAACAACAACUUCUACGCCAACUACAACAAUAACAUCUGCACCAACUUCGACAACUACAACAACUACUUCAAAUGCAGUAAAAGCUGAAACAAAGGGAACCGAUGCACCAAUCAACAAUGUACUUUCACCAUCUGGAGAUUUGAAUUUUGGAAUGGCUGAUGUUGCAGACAGUUUUAUAAAUGAUGAUAACGCAAGAAACAUACCUAUACAUUUGGCCUUAUCCGGAAAGCCAGGAGGCUGUAAUAAAGCAUCCGAUAUUGACAAAGACAGAAGUAAGGCAUUACGAGUUUUAACUCGAAGCCGACUAGAAUGUGCGAAAUCUUGCUUUCACAUCAGUGCCUGUUUAUCCGUUCUCUACGAUGAAAUGAACAGCACGACCAAGGAAUGUCUUCACGUGAACAACGUGCUAGAGUUCUCUAGUGCCAGUGUAUUAAUUUCAAAGAAGGAUAAAUCUCCGAUACUGACUAACGUCUGGGAGUUUAUUCCAUUAAAUCAUGCAAGUUGGAAAGUGAAAACAACGUCAACAUCACCUGUGGUAUCUGUAACAUCAACAUCUCCAUCAUCAACUACGACUAUAACCACUCCUGCACCAACUACGACAACAUCGACUACUGCACCAACUACGACGACGACAACUACUCCUGCACCAACUACGACGACGACAACAACUCCUGCACCAACUACGACAACAACAACUGCUUCAAACGUAGUCAAAACUGAAACAAAAGGGACAGAUGCACCAACAACUACUCCUGCUUCGUCUACGAUGACAACAACAACUCAUGCUCCAUCUACGACGACAACAACAACUCCUGCACCUACUACGACAACAACUACUCCUGCACCUACAACGACAACAACUACUCCUGCACCAACUACGACAACAACUACUCCUGCACCUACAACGACAACAACUACUCCUGCACCAACUACGACAACAACAACUCCUGCACCAACUACGACAACAACUACUCCUGCACCUACAAGGACAACAACUACUCCUGCACCAACUACGACAACAACUACUCCUGCACCUACAACGACAACAACUACUCCUGCACCAACUACGACAACAACAACUCCUGCACCUACUACGACGACAGCUACUCCUACACCAACUACGAUAACAACUACUCCUGUACCUACUACGACGACAACAACAACUCCUGCAUCGAGUACGACGACAACAACCACUCAUGCUCCGUCUACGACGACAAUAACAACUCCUGCACCAACUACGACAACAGCUACUCCUACACCAACUACGAUAACAACUACUCCUGUACCUACUACGACGACAACAACAACUCCUGCAUCGAGUACGACGACAACAACCACUCAUGCUCCGUCUACGACGACAACAACAACUCCUGCACCAACUACGACAACAACUACUCCUGCACCAAUUACGACAACAAUUACUCCUGCACCUACUACGACAACAACUACUCCUGCACCAACUACGACAACAACAACUCCUGCGCCAACUACGACGACAACAACAACUCCUGCACCAACUACGACAACAACUACUCCUGCACCAACUACGACAACAACUACUCCUGCACCUACUACGACGACAACAACUACUCCUGCACCUACUACGACAACAACAACUCCUGCAUCAACUACGACGACAACAACAACUCAUGCUCCAUCUACGACGACAACAACAACUCAUGCACCAACUACGACAACAACUACUCCUGCACCAACUAUGACGACAACUACUCCUGCACCUAUUACGACGACAACAACUACUCCUGCACCAACUACGACAACAACAACUCCUGCAUCAACUACGACGACAACAACAACUCCUGCGCCAACUUCGACAACAACAACUGCUUCAAACGUAGUAAAAACUGAAACUAAAGGGACAGAUGCACCAACCAAAUCAUUAACAACAACUCCUGUACCAUCUACGACAACGGCAACGCCUGCACCAUCUACGACUACAACAACUCUUGCACCAACUACGACGACAAUAACAACUCCUGCACCAACUUUGACAACAACAACUGCUUCAAACGUAGUCAAAAUUGAAACUAAAGAGACAGAUUCACCAACCAAAUCAUUAACAACACCACAUUCACCAUCUAUGACGACAACAACAACUCCUGCACCAUCUACGUCGACAACAACUCUUGCACCAACUACGACGACAACAACAACUGCUGCACCAACUUCGACAACAACAACUGCUUCAAACGUAGUCAAAACUGAAACUAAAGGGACAGAUUCACCAACCAAAUCAUUAACAACAACUCAUGCAACAUCUACGACGACAACAACAACUCCUGCACCAUCUACGAUGACAACAACAACUCCUGCACCAACUACUACGAUAACAACAGCUCCUGCAUCAACUUCGACAACAACAACAGCUUCAAACGUAGUCAAAACUGAAACUAAAGGGACAGAUGCACCAACCAAAUCAUUAACAACAACUCCUGCACCAUCUACGACGACAACAACAACUCCUGCACCAACAACGACGACAGCAACAACUCCUGCACCAACUUCGACAACAACAACUGCUUCUAACCUUGUCAAAACUGAAACAAAAGGGACAGAUGUACCAACCAAAACACUCUCACCAUCUGGAAGUUUUGAAAUGGUUGGUAAAUAACCUCUCUCCAUGCAUUAGCAUAUACAUGAUAUAUUGAAGUUCAAACCCAAAAUCAGAGAGCUCAUACACAGUCUAGUGGCUUUCGGAUGCUGAAAUAUUGUGUAUUUUCUCGUUCUUGAUUAGAAAUUGAAUUACAAUAUAUAAAUUUUCCUCUGAUACACUUAGGUAAUUUUGAGAAAGUACAAACCAGCUUGUUGACGUUAUUUGAACUGGUGAGGUCAUUUGUUUUAACAACCGCUAUCUUUGAAUUGACCAGCCGCCACAUGUCAAUCAAAAUUAUCUAUGAUCCAAUUAAAUAACCAUUUUUACUACAUACCUAUAUUAAUUCUGUAAAAAUCGGCUUGAAUUUCACAAUUAAAAAUGAACAGGCAGAAAAACAUCCGUAUUGUAAAUUGAUUUCCUUUGUAGAAAUCAAAAUGAAACAAACCGAGCCAAGUUUGUAUUACGUUGAAUCAUAUGCUGUGAAUACAACUGCAUCAAAUUGAACAGUUAUUAUUAUAGAUAUUAAUAAUUAUUGCGCCGUCUAUAGUAUUCCGGAGAGUUGAUGGAUAAAAACUUUAAAAAACCGAUCAUUUAGCUAACUGGCUCUGUAGCUCAGUCGGUUAUAGCACCUGUCUAAAUAAGUAAAUAUGCGUUAGCUUUCCAUACUUACGGUC